AUGUUCACGAAAAAAUACAAAAUCCGAAUUAAGGUGUCUCAAAAUGCUGGAAUCGCCACAACUGCUAGGAGUAUGGCCGUUAGUGGAUCAGAAGUAUCAAAGAUCCUCGAGGAGCGCAUUCUGGGCCAGGAAGGUAGCAUGAAGCUGGAGGAGACGGGAAAAGUCCUUUCCAUCGGAGACGGUAUCGCCCGUGUAUAUGGUUUGAAGAACAUCCAGGCAGAGGAAAUGGUUGAAUUCGAUUCUGGAAUCAAGGGAAUGGCGUUGAACUUGGAACCCGACAAUGUCGGUGUUGUCGUUUUCGGUAACGAUAAAGUCAUUCGUGAAGGAGAUAUUGUAAAGCGUACCGGAGCUAUCGUCGACGUGCCCGUCGGUGAA